AUGGAUUUGACAAAAGAUCCACUCCCAAUUUGCAGUGAAAACAAAGUCAGCUUUGAUCAUGUGCAGGCUUCCCAAAUCCCCUCUUCCCAACUCAAGCUCCAGUUCCUAGACGUAUUAUUCAACCCCAAGUACACUAUAGGUGCAGAUCAAUUCUUGAAGAGUUCGAAUAAUUCAGUGUAUCUUUCAGCUUCCAUUACAGAUAGCUCCACCAUCACAUUGCACUACGAAGACUACGAGGGCCAUCACGCAGUCUUUAGUGAAGAAGGUAUAAAAACGCUUAGGUGUAUUGCAGCAACGUUGAGCUCCAGAAAUGAAUUGGUUGAUUGUGUUCAGAUGUAUACCGAGCAUCGAAAGGAUGUAGUCAACCUGGUAUAUGUGAGGCUCCGUGAGAAAUUGAAGACUCGGACUGGACCGGCCGGUCGAAUCAGGAACCAGCCAGGCACCCGGUCCAACUCCGAUAACCCUAAAUCUAAAAGCCUUCACCGUUGUCACUUGAAAAAGCAGGAAUUGGCUUCACUAACCCAAUCAGCAAAGGACGCAUUGAAAGCUGUUGAGGAAUCUGUGAGACGAGAGUUCGCUGCUGCAAAAUCUAUGAAUAGUCACCUUAAUGCAUCAUCACAAUCUCCUACAAGAGGUGUUGCAGAACAGCCCCCAGAUGCUUGCCAGAACAGAGCAAAGAUAGUUAUUACGAUCCAGGACAAGGAUGGACCCAAGCAAUUUAGAGUUUUCGUGGAUGAUAAAUUUGAGAGACUCUUCAAGAUGUAUGCCGACAAGGUCAAGCUUGAUUUGCAGAAUCUAGUUUUUUGUUUUGAUGGAGUAAAAUUAGUCCUAUUGCCACCCCUACUGGGCUUGAAAAUUGAAAUGGAGGAGAAUGACAUCAUCGAGCAAAUGACAAAUAUCCUUUCUACUACAGAGAAACAGGUUCUUCGUGAGCUUUCAACGAGGCCAUUUCCUGGAGGAGGAAUUCACCCCUUGACUAAACCCCAAGGUUCCAAUGACGACCGAGAUCCUCCAGAAGUACCGGGUUCACAAGAAAUGGACAAAGGGCUAAUUCCCCUAAAGAGCCAUCUUGCUCGAGUUAUCGAGUUUUUACUGUAUAACUUGAAAUUCAAGCCCAACUUCUAUGGACAAGAAUCUCUGCGUUGUUUGUUCAUGAUGAACAAUGUUAGCUCUGUUUCUGAGAUGAUUAAAAGUUCCAAGGAGUUGGAAGAACUUAUUGGCACUCACCUGCAGAUGAAAUUAAGAGAAAAAGUGGAGCUGGCAAAGACUGAUUAUUUCCAUAGAAGUUGGGGCGAUAUCUACACUUUUUUAAAAGGUGAAGGAUUAAAAUUACAUUUUAAUUGUGAUUUCUUUCCUGGAAGGUCUACAAGAGUUGUGAAAAAAAAGUUCAAGACCUUCAAUAGUAUGUUUGAAGAUAUUCUUCAGACUCAAGAACGAUGGAUAGUACCAGAUCAGCAGCUGCGGAUGAAACUUCUUGAAUGCAUAUUGGCUAAGCUGAUUCCGGCCUAUAAUCACUUUCUUGAGCGGCUAAGCCGAGUACACAAAGUGAAGCGUGUGAGUGAGUACAUAAAAUAUUCUGUCAAGGACUUGGAGACCAAGGUGCUGGAUAUGUUUCAGAAUAAGUAUUGA